UUCCGGGGUGGUGCCUUCCCCCUUCCCCGGUGCUGGCGGCAUGGCUGCGGAGGGCCUUCGGCUGCUGCCGAAGCGUGCGAGGGAGUUCGCCUCGGCGGAGUACUGGGAACAUUUCUUUCGGGAGCGAGGCGAGCGCGCCUUUGAGUGGUACGGGGCGUGGAAGGAGCUGCGGGCGCCCCUGGCCCGGUACCUGCGCUCGCGGGACUCGAUCCUUGUUGUUGGCUGCGGCAACUCAGAACUGAGUGAGCAACUCUAUGAUGAGGGUUAUCGAGAUAUCAUCAGUGUGGACAUUAGUGAAGUGGUUGUCAAACAAAUGCAGGAACGCAGUGCUCACCUGAGACCCAAGAUGACUUACAUGGUCAUGGAUGUGCUGCAGAUGGAUUUCCCUGAUGGGAGCUUCCAGGUGGUGCUGGACAAAGGCACUCUUGAUGCCCUUACGACUGAUGAUGAAGAGACCACUUUGAUGAGAGUAAAAAGAAUGUUUGCUGAAAUUGGCCGUGUCCUGCAAUUUGGGGGCCGUUAUUUGUGUGUUUCCUUGGCCCAAGGACAUGUAUUAAAGGUGGCUCUGGAAUAUUUCUCUCGGGAAGGCUGGAUGGUUCGAAUACACCAAGUCUUUGAAGCAGGUGCUGCAGAGGGAAAAUUUGCUCUGCCUAUCUUUAUCUAUAUUAUGACAAAGAUCAAGCAGGUCCCAGGUUCGGCUUUAUGCAUCUUGGAAUUUUGUGCUGAAGUACAGGACAAACCUACCCGUUUCAAGAGCACUGAGCAUCUGAUUGAGGCAGUGAAAGAGAGGCAACAGUACUCUCUCUUACGGAGCCAGCUCAACAAGAAACCCAACGCAGAGAGUAUUUCUCUGGAUCUCUGUAACAAAGAUACCAGCCAAGCUCGUUAUACUUUGCAUGUGGUACACAAUCCUACUGCGAAAGUGGCUCACAAUAAUCAGUUUGCCAUCUUUAUCGUACCACAGGGCAGAGAAACUGAAUGGCUCUUUGGAACAGAAGAAGGACGAAAGCAACUUGCUGCAAGUGCAGGAUUCUGGCGCCUGGUAGUUGUGAGCUUGCACAGAGAUCAGCAGUAUGAAGAUAUGUCGGCUAUCCAGGCAGAACUAUCAGAAAAGGUGAUGGAACUGGCCCCAGCUGGUCUCUCAGCCCAGGUACCCUUUCUGUCAGUGGGUGGAGACAUUGGGAUCCGCACCAUCCAACAUCGGGAUACUAGCCCUCUUAGUGGAGAGUAUGUCAUUGAGGAUGUGAAAGGAGAAGAUGCCUGCUAUUUCCGCCGCCUCAUCUUUCUCAGCAACAGGAAUGUGGUGCAAUCAGAAGCAAGGCUUUUAUCCAACGCAUCCCAUAAAGGGAAUAAAAAGUGCAAGAAGAAGAAGAAAACAGUUUCCAGGGACCACCUUGUAAAGCCUACUGCUGCACCAGACCGUUCCUCUAUUGACAAAAGCUACCUGUGUUGUGCGCAUCACAGAGCCAUGGUUGCAGGACUGUCCUUGCUGAAAAAUCCGGAAGGCCUCUCAGAAGCCUCAAUCCGUGUGCUAGUGAUUGGCCUAGGUGGAGGCAGCCUGCCCCUCUUCAUCCAUGACUACUUCUUGCAGUGCUUCAUCGAUGUGGUAGAGAUCGACCCAGUUAUGCUGGAAGUUGCUGCACGCUGGUUUGACUUUUUGCCAGAAGACAGACUCAAAGUCCACAUUGCAGAUGGUUUAGCUUAUGUGGCCAGCCUUGGAGCAGAAGGUUCAUGCUUGUAUGACGCCAUCAUGUUUGAUGUGGACAGCAAAAACUCUGCCGUGGGAAUGAGCUGCCCACCACCAGCCUUUGUGGAGAAGCCCUUUCUUCAGAAAGUGAAGGCCCUUCAGAAAACAGAUGGUGUUUUUAUACUCAACUUGGUGUGCCGAGACUCUGUGCUUCGAGAUGUUGUCUUGGCUAAUCUUAGAGAGAUUUUUCCAUUGCUUUAUGUCCAUAAAAUUGAAGGGGAGGUAAAUGAGAUCCUCUUUUGCCAGCAGCAGACCAAUCACAGACUAUCUCCAGUGGAGCUCCAAGAGAAAGCUAAAAUUCUACAGAAGGCAUUGCGGCAACCUGGUCAUGCAUGGGACAGCACUUAUUCCUUGGCAGACAUACUGGCAGCAGUAAAACUGGUGUGAGGAAGGAGUCUUCCAGUUUCAUAUAACAUCUAUUCUUCUGGACAGAGACAGGGGUCCUUUUCUUGUCUAAGAAUAAUUGUAUCCCUCAAACGUUCCCUCUCAUUUUCAGCCCUUCUGAGUGCAACUCCACCCCCCCGCAUGUGACUCCACUCCCCCCUGACUCCACUCCCACAUGGGGUUCAGUUGCGACUGGAACCAUAGGGGCUGGAAAUGCUCGCUGUGGGUGCAUGGAGGAGGAGGAAUGCUGCACAGGUGGGAGGGCAGAGUUGUGCAUGCUUGCACACUCAUGCACCUUAAAGGGAACCUUGUGUCCAUCAGUUCCACAUUUACAUAUGUUGUAAUGUGUAAGAACUGACCUUCAUGUCAGAUUGCUGGAAGAAGAUGAAAUAUGUACACUCACUGUAAAGGGAAUACAGGAGGCCCCUUGGUAAAGAGACUGGGGAUUAUGAAAAAUACUGCCAGGAAAAAGUGGUAUGAAACACUGCAUAGAAACAACUCCUAGCUUAAUUGGGCUCAGCAGAAAAUUGCUCUGAUAGUGCUGAACCUCUUCAUCAUUGUAGUCACUGAUGAGGGACUGAAUAUCUGUGUGCAAUAAAAUGGCCUCCUCUGUUUUGUAUCUUGUGAUAAGUGGUGAAACAGUCAUUAAAGUUUUCUACCAUUUAAAAAUUGCAAAGUAGACCCUUGGCAUUCAUGUAUAAAAUGGAACAAUUGACCUGUGAGGUAGGCCAUAGUUUUUAUUUUAUUUUUUAAAAACCCAAUUGAAACUCCUUUUAAGAGUAUAUAAAGGUGGUAUGCAUACAAA